AAGUACAGAACCCCUCCCAUUCCCUUUCUAACUUCCAAAAAAGAAAAAGAGUUGGGGGGAUUGAUAUGUGAUUUUUGUAUUUACUACUAAGCCUUAGUUUUUGCCUAUUCCCCAAUAUGACACGCAGGAUCUCUGCUUAAUUGAGCCAACUUAAAAGUCUGAUUAUGUUUAACCGCCUGUUUGUUUUUUUUCCUCAUUAAAAGGCCACACAAAUGUUAUUGCAGAUAAAUUAGAUCGGAACUAUUAGCAGAGUGGAACUAAUGUGUUUAAAAGGCAGAGGCAGCCCGUGAUAGAUCCGCUCCAUUCCGCAAAGGAAAGAAAAUCUGGGGAAGCCAGACCCAAUUGGGAUGCAUCUAAAGAGAGUCUGUUAAUCAUCUGGCUUCUGGUACAUUGUUUGGCACAGGAGGAGCACAGCCCCUCUGACUCUCUCUGAGGGAGGGACGGGAAGAUGGAGGGGCCCUUGGAUGCUGCGCUGAGGGAGCAGGUGGAUCCGUUUGAUUUGCUCUAGAGGAAGAUCGUUCUCUCUGCUUCUCUCUUUCUAUUAAGCCAACCUGAGACAUUGUGGGGAGCUGCUGGCUGGAUUAGGGGGGCUGUGGGCUUUUCCUUGGAUUAAAGAGACGGAUAUGCCUUCGCUGGAGUCCCAUGCUUGCAGAAGAGCUUGCCAUCUCUGACAGGGAAUGACCCCUUGGAUCCCCCAGAAAGAGGUUCACCAACGGUUCUUGCACAUAGUGGGCACUGGAUAAACCAUUGGGAGCUGUUCAUGGGUGGACAACUCGUUCUGCUCUGGAAUAAAAGAAGAUUUUAAUUUGAUAUUUUGCCUCCAUUAUGAUAUUUUUACCAGCCUAACAAUGGUCCUCCACUUUGUCCUCUUACUGCUGCUGCUAAGGGAUGAUGGCAAUGGGAAUGUCUGGAUUAUGGCCUCAGCACAGACCAAUGAAAGGAGGGUGGUGUCCUACAUGGCCGGCGAUAUCAUUAUCGGGGCGCUGUUUUCGGUACAUCACCAACCCACUGUGGACAAGGUCCAUGAAAGGAAAUGUGGAGAAAUAAGGGAACAGUAUGGCAUACAAAGAGUGGAAGCCAUGUUACAUGCACUUGAUAGAAUCAACGCAGACCAAACACUGUUGCCAAACAUAUCCCUCGGAUGUGAAAUAAGAGACUCCUGUUGGCACACUGCGGUGGCCCUGGAGCAAAGUAUUGAGUUCAUCAGAGACUCCUUGAUUUCUUCCGAAGAGGAGGAAGGUUUGGUUCGUUGUGUUGAUGGAUCUUCAGCGCCUUCCCGGUCAAAAAAGCCUAUCGUCGGGGUUAUAGGUCCUGGGUCCAGCUCUGUUGCUAUCCAAGUGCAGAAUUUAUUGCAGCUUUUCAAUAUACCUCAGAUUGCGUAUUCGGCAACAAGCAUGGACUUGAGCGACAAAACCCUCUAUAAGUAUUUCAUGAGAGUCGUGCCCUCAGAUGCUCAGCAAGCCAGAGCUAUGGUGGACAUUGUGAAGAGGUACAACUGGACAUAUGUUUCGGCAGUUCAUACAGAAGGUAACUAUGGGGAGAGAGGCAUGGAAGCAUUCAAAGACAUGUCGGCUAAAGAUGGCAUCUGCAUCGCUCACUCCUACAAGAUUUACAGCAAUGCCGGCGAGCAGAGCUUCGACAAGCUGCUAAAGAAGCUACGGAGUCAUCUCCCUAAGGCCAGGGUGGUGGUCUGUUUCUGCGAGGGCAUGACUGUGCGAGGGCUGCUUAUGGCCAUGAAGCGCCAGAAUAUCAUCGGAGAAUUCCUUCUACUUGGAAGUGACGGCUGGGCAGACAGGUACGAUGUGACAGACGGUUAUCAGCGGGAAGCGGCCGGUGGAAUCACAAUCAAGCUGCAGUCUCCUGAUGUGAAAUGGUUUGAUGAUUAUUACCUGCAGCUACGGCCAGAAAACAAUCUCCGAAACCCAUGGUUCCAGGAAUUUUGGCAACACCGGUUCCAGUGCAAACUGAAAGGGUAUUCGCAGGAAAAUCAGAAAUACAACAGGACCUGUAAUAGUCGAAUGUCUUUACGUUCUCAGUACGUCCAGGAUUCCAAAAUGGGCUUCGUGAUCAAUGCCAUCUAUGCCAUGGCGUAUGGGCUGCACAACAUGCAGACAGUGCUGUGCCCGGGAUACGCCGGUCUCUGUGACGCCAUGAAACCAAUCGACGGUCAAAAACUCCUUGACUCCAUCAUGAAAGCCAACUUCACGGGCGUCUCCGGCGAUAUGAUCACGUUUGAUGAGAAUGGAGACUCACCAGGAAGGUAUGAAAUCAUGAACUUUAAGAAAAUGGGCAAAGACUAUUACGAUUAUAUCAACGUUGGGAGCUGGGAUAAUGGCGAAUUGAAGAUGGAUGACGAUGAAAUUUGGUCAAACAAAAACUUGGUCAUCCGAUCAGUUUGCAGCGAUCCUUGUGCCAAAGGACAAAUAAAGGUGAUCCGUAAAGGAGAGGUGAGCUGCUGCUGGACCUGCACCCCCUGCAAGGAUAAUGAGAUAGUGUUUGAUGAGUACACGUGCAAGGCCUGUGAUCUGGGUUCUUGGCCUACAGACGAUCUGACAGGAUGUGACCCAAUCCCAGUGGAAUUUCUCCGAUGGAGCGACCCCGAGCCAAUCGCUGCCGUGGUUUUUUCAUGCCUUGGUCUGCUGGCCACAAUGUUCGUCAUGGCUAUCUUUAUUCUGUACAGAGAUACUCCGGUGGUGAAGUCGUCCAGCAGGGAGCUAUGUUAUAUUAUCCUAGCUGGCAUCUGCUUGGGCUACUUGUGUACCUUCUCUCUAAUAGCCAAACCGCAACAGAUUUACUGCUACCUACAAAGGAUUGGCAUUGGUCUCUCCCCGGCUAUGAGUUAUUCUGCCCUUGUCACCAAAACUAACCGCAUAGCCAGGAUCUUGGCUGGGAGCAAGAAGAAAAUCUGUACCAAGAAGCCUCGCUUCAUGAGCGCCUGUGCCCAGCUGGUCAUUGCCUUCGUCCUGAUUUGUAUCCAGUUAGGAAUAAUUGUGGCGUUGUUCAUUAUGGAGCCGCCAGAUGUUAUAUUUGAUUAUCCCAGUAUCCGGGAGGUUUACUUAAUCUGCAACACGAACAACCUAGGGGUGGUCACUCCGCUUGGCUAUAAUGGAUUAUUGAUCCUGAGCUGCACCUUUUACGCUUUCAAGACUAGAAACGUUCCGGCUAAUUUUAACGAAGCAAAGUACAUUGCCUUUACCAUGUACACCACCUGCAUUAUUUGGCUGGCCUUCGUGCCCAUAUAUUUUGGGAGCAACUACAAAAUUAUAACCAUGUGCUUCUCGGUGAGUCUGAGCGCAACGGUAGCCCUCGGCUGUAUGUUUGUGCCAAAGGUGUACAUUAUCCUGGCAAAGCCGGAGCGGAACGUGCGAAGCGCCUUCACCACCUCCACCGUGGUCCGUAUGCACGUAGGCGACGGGAAAUCUUCCUCAGCAGCUAGCCGCUCCAGUAGCUUGGUUAAUUUGUGGAAGAGAAGGGGAUCGUCUGGGGAAACAUUAAGCAUUUCAUUUACUCCUGGGCCUACCCACUCCUAUUGUCAGCAGCCAAUCGGAAUCUCAAAUGGCAAAUCUGUUACAUGGGCGCAGAAUGAGAAAAGCAGUAAAAGUCAACAUCUCUGGCAGAGACUCUCGGUUCACGUCAAGAAGAAGGAUAGCACCAAUCAAACGGCGGUCAUUAAGCCUUUUUCAAAAAGCAGCAGUGAGAACAGAUACAUCAGCACAUCUUUCCCCGACAGCAGUGCCAAAAUGUUAUAUGAUGUUUCAGAGGCGGAAGAGCAUUAUCCAGUGCAGUACCGACCGCAGACUCCUUCGCCAAUCAGUACUGUAAGCCAGAGAGCUAUUUCAACAACCCGCACAGAGGAUGAUAUUCCUUCUUUUCAUUCGGAUACGGCCCAAAGGAGUGGCUCCUCGCAAGGUUCCCUAAUGGACCAAAUCAGCAGCGUGGUGACGCGUUUCACCGCUAACAUCAGUGAGCUAAAUUCAAUGAUGCUAUCUGCAAAUACGCCAGGAACAAUGGUGCCCACGCCUCUUUGUUCUUCCUACCUGAUCCCGAGAGAGAUUCAACUGCCCACAACAAUGACCACCUUUGCGGAGAUCCAACCUGCCCCUAACAUUGAUUUCAACGGCGGGACGCAGUCCGUCAGAAAAUCAACGGACAGCGUCAAAGAUAGCACUUCAGAAGCGGCAGCAGUAAAGCAAGACGUCGAGGAGUUGGUAGCUUUAACGCCACCUUCUCCUUUUAGAGACUCCAUUGACUCCGAAAGCACUUCCCCUAGUUCACCAGUUUCGGAAUCGGCUCUCUGUAUUCCAUCCUCUCCCAAAUAUGACAAUAUGAUCAUGAGAGAUUACUCCCAGAGCUCCUCCUCGUUGUGAAUGUAAUUGAAGAUAAUAUAGGAGAUCAACAUCUACGAAUAAGGGGGUUAGCGGUUAGUGGUUUGCACAGAUCUGAAACACAUGCCCACUGUAGCAGCUGAAGUUUGGCAACUCCGAGAGUAAGAAUAAACGUCCCACUAAUAUAGAGCAGAUGUCAUAUGAGUGGCCUUAAAACGUGGUCUUUUUGUGAAAAAACUGGUUGCUUUUGAUGGUUUUUAUGGAGUCAAAAAAAAGAAAGAAAUUCUACACGUAUUAAGAGUAUAUAUUAAGUGCUUUUCGUUUACGUCGGGCUGUUUGUACAGAAACGGAUUGUGUCGACCGAAAAACAAAAAUAUAUUGUUUACUUAAGAUUUCUCUUCCCAGAAAUGAACCUUGAUCUUUUUGUCAAGAUUAGAAGACCAAACGUGAAUGUACAUUUACAAAGACUCAAACUCUGGGACCAAAAUGGCAUUUUUCUAUGGAGAGACUGUAGCAACAACAUCAACAACAACAAAAGCAGUAUCUUAUAUCAAGUGGCCAUGAAGCCACGUCAAUGUUUAUGUGGUGCCUAACGGCACGGAUAGCUGACACGGAGCAGUAAGUGACUAUUUAGGGCUUAACAUGCAAUGUUGUUUAUGAAGUUGUCUUUUGUAACUAUCGACCAUUCAUUCUUUUUAAAUCGUUUUAUCUUUCAGAGACAUGGGACUUGAGAAUUUAUUAGCAAGAAAAAAAAAA